UGCGCGACUACCGUCAAGUGCGCGACUUCCAAUAUGUGCGCAACUACCAUGUGCGCCACUACCACCAAGUGCGUGACUACCAACAACUGCGUGACUACCAUCUUGUGCGCGACUACCAUGUAGUGCGCGAGUACCUACAUGUGCGCAACCCCAUCCAAUACCGCAUGCGCGACCAGAUGCACCUGCGCGAGCACAACCGGGGACGCAAUGCCAACCAGCCAUCUCCGCCUGAACACAAUAUUGCGCUGGGAGAUUUGGAGAUUCCGCCUCGCGGCCAAGAGUACUACCCUCCCCGGUACUACCAAAACCGCGUCAUCUUGUACGGGGAGCCAUGCUUCUGCCCUCUGCCGAACUUGAUGAUGGACUUCGGCAACGAUCACGAGGUGCCGCCGGCGGACCUGCUGCUGCGCCGCUGCAUCCACAACAUGCUCUCUGCCGUCUGCAACACCUGCGUCCCUGGGUGCUACAUUCGUCCUUAUUAAAUAAUCAAAAUCAUUUCACUAUAUAUUGAUGUUGUAAAAUAAAUGUUAGUAAAAUUAAUCGAUAUCAAAGAUAUGAUUCAAUUUUAUUAGAUGUAAGCAUGCUUAAAAAAAUCAAACAUAAUAUCUUGAAGGAAACUAAACGUUUACCUUAUAUAAUAAUCUACGUAAUGUAAUGAAUAUCUCUCUAGUAUAACAAUAUUUAUCCAUUUUACGA